GCGGUCGCGUACGGGUCGGUCUGUUGUGUCUCGCGCGCGUUGUUGUUAUUACUCGUCGCGAAGGUCACGUGUUUUUACUCGGUCGAGUUAGUCGUUAGUCCUUCAGUCUCGGAAGUGGAUGUGUGGCAGCAGCUAACAAUUAUACGUGGAAAAGUAUCAAAUCUCGCGAAAGUGGAAAUAUCGCGUCGCCGGGACGCUAUCGCGGGACAACGAUCUCCGUCAUAUAUACGUCGUACUUGUCUGUGGCCGGUUUGAAUUUAUUCCGAUAUCUAAUUUCGUCGCGUGAAUUUCUCAUCGCAAGCGUGUGUGCCGGAAUCGCGAGAACGAGUGAAUUUCGACAGUGGAAUUGGCUCGCACAGGCGGAACUAUCGAGUCAUGGACUAACUUCACAAACUCGUUGCGUCGCAAAAAAGAUGGAAAUAUAGCGCCUUUCGCGCGGGGCGACGAUAUCUACGUCAUACAUAGUAGCGUCGCGUGAGUUACUUCAGUUCCGAUUUCGUCGCGAGUGCGUGUACGUGUGUGCGUGUGUGCGAAUAUCGAAAGUAGCCGCGAGUAAAUUUUGACAGUUUAGCUUUUCGAAUUCGUUGAAAAGUGCGAGCCGAAAGUGUCGUAUUACGUCGCAUCGAAAAUCGGAAUGCGGCAACGAAUGUGCGUGAAGUACGCGCGGGAUCGUCGACGUCGCGAUGAAUUUGAACGCAUCGUCGUUAAGCGAUUAUUUGGACGCGAGAUAUUCCGAAUAAUAAAUGAUCGCGCGCGGACAAAUAUUCGAUCGUGUGAAACACUGCCUUCGAAAUGAAUAUUGCGUCGCGGACUGUCAAAAUGCGCAAAAACGGGGACGACUAGAACAUUCGUUAUAAAUUUUCUGGUCUUGUUGGACAUUGCCCCGAAAUGAAAACGACGCCAUGGACGUGAACGUCAAACACAAUCGACGAGAGUGGGGGCCUCGUACAUCGUUUCGGCUCUCGGGUUGCAGUUGUGACGACGACGGAUAUCGCCUGAGAGUCGAACGAGACGCGAAUCACAUUAGAAUGGUUCGAGGGUGAAAUCGCUAAAAAGACGUUCGUCAGUAUGUUGCGGAUAUUGAUAGUGGUGACGUGCAUCAAAAUAUCGACGCUCGCCAGUGCACAGUCGAAAGGGACUACUUCUUUCGACGAGGAUGCGAAUAGCGACGAACCUGACCAUCCAAUACCCAUGGAGUCGAUACAGGGGGUGGCGGGUCAGAAGGCAAUCCUGCCAUGUAACAUACAACCCCGCGAGUCGAAUGACGCCGUCUCCAUGGUGCUCUGGUUCAAAGAGGACAGCGGCGAACCCCUGUACAGUUACGAUGCGAGAAGUCGACAGUUUGGAAAAGCGAAACUAUGGAGUGCUGCGCAUUUUUGGGGCCACCGAGCAUCUUUUCGUGCGAACCCGCCGGCGCAGUUGACAGUUCAGGACCUUCGACAAAGUGACGAGGGUGUUUACAGGUGCAGGGUCGACUUCCGGAACUCGCCGACAAGAAACUUGAAAGUUAACCUCACCGUUAUCGUGCCACCGGCGAAACCGAUAAUCUAUGACGCGAAAAGGCGAGACAUGAGCAAACUCCUCGAAGCAUACCCUGAGGGAGCUGACUUGUUCCUAGUAUGCGAGGUGCACGGCGGUAAGCCGAGACCGCAGGUCUCUUGGUAUCUGGAGUCCCAGAAUAUUCAUGCAUCCACUGAAAUUCGAGAGACGCAUGAUCCGAACGGGGAGAUCAACGUCGUAACUAUCAGCAACGUGACUUUGAAGGCUCUCACAAGAAGGCAUCAUCACGCCAAACUAUCCUGCCGAGCGAAUAACACUCAAUUAGCACAGCCACCUACCACCACCAUUGUCAUCGAGCUUAACAUGAAACCACUGAAAGUGGAAAUUUUGGGGAAGGACCAGAUCCUAUCGGCAGGAAAGAUGUAUGAUGUGAGAUGUCAGAGCGUCGGUUCAAAGCCGGCGGCGGUCCUGACCUGGUCCAAGUCCUCGAAGCAGCUGAAGGGACUCAAGAAAAACGACGGUAUGAAUCUGCUACAAUUCACGCCGACAGUGGAGGACGAGGGAAAGUUCCUGGUGUGUCGUGCCGAGAAUCCGAAACUACCGGAAGCCGGUAUCGAAGACCGAUGGAAGCUGCAAGUGCACUUUGCACCCAUUGCCACCUUGAAGAUGGGUUCCACCUUGAAUCCGAAAAACAUCAAGGAGGGCUCCGAUGUUUACUUCGAAUGCAACAUCAGGGCGAAUCCCAAGUUUAACAAAUUGGUCUGGUUCCACGAGAAGGAGCAGCUGCAUCACAACGUCACUGCCGGCGUGGUGCUCUCGGACCACUCCCUGGUGCUGCAGAGUAUAACUCGAGAGUCCGCCGGAGGGUACACCUGCAUGGCCGGGAACGUCGAGGGCCGCGCCAAGUCCAACGUAGUCAAUCUCGAGGUUAUGUUCGCCCCUGUUUGCAAGCACGUGCUGAAUUCAGGCGGAGGCUGGAGGCACCAGAACGCCACCCCGCCACCGAUCAACAUGCCCGAGGAAGUGCACGGUGCUCUGAAGCACGAGACCAUAAGUUUAGUUUGUGAGGUCGAGGCCAACCCCACCAAUGUGACCUUCCAUUGGACCUUCAAUAGCAGCGGCGACCUCAGCGACAUUCCGUCCACCAAGUACACCAACGAGGGCACAACCAGCAGGCUUAAUUACACCCCGUCGACCGAUAUGGAUUACGGGGUCCUGGGCUGCUGGGCCAUCAAUGCCGUAGGUCAUUCCAAACAACCCUGCCUUUAUCAAGUCAUUGCCGCAGGCAGACCUUACCCGUUGCAGAACUGCACCACCUACAACCUGAACGGCUCCUGGGUGAGGAUAUCCUGCGUCGAGGGAUACGACGGCGGUCUACCGCAGAAAUUCGUCGCCCUCGUAGGCACACAGCGUCAUGAGUCUUCGAGCCCUUCUUGGCAGUUUCAGAUGCUCAAGCCGGCAAAGGUCGAGCUUUACGCGAUAAACGCGAAAGGUUCCAGCGAGCCAUACGCCAUAGAGGUCGUCUUGAAAGGAGUAGCCAAGUUUACCGGCGAAUCGACGUCCUCGGUCGAUAUGUCACCGAUCUUGAUUGGACUUGGUGGCACAGCGACCGGUUUGGGGUUAAUCGUGACCGGUGUGCUAAUGGCGCUCUGGAGAAGGCACGCGGCCACCCCGGCGAAGCCGAAACCGCCGCAGCAGCCUAGCAUCGCUACUUUCGCGGGAAAGGGCGAAGAGGAGGACGGCAAUCCGGAUCUUAUACCCACGACGGCCUUGACCAAUCAUCUCACCGACAGAAAGCUUCCUCGUUACGGGUCUCUGCCACGAAGACCACGUCAACUGGAAGGACGUGAGAUGUCCCACGAUGUCCUAGAAGAUUCAGAUUACCCGAGAGCAUCGCCGAACACAUUCUACAGUCUUCAAAGGCCGCACUCGGAGUCGAUCAGCAGGAGUAUUCAGGAGAGCUGCAUUUAAGGGUCAAACACCGGGUGGGACAUUAAGAGGAGGAGUGGGCGGUCGGCGCGGCAUUCUAGACGGAUUGACGGGAAGAUCCAGACGUCUGCUGCAUUGCCUAACUUCCGGGUCGUCGACUAUCGUUCAACAAGGUAUAGAAGAUUCCUGGACCAUGGCUGAUGGAGACUGUAGACUGGGAAAUGAAGGAGAUGAAGCCACAUGCUUCUGCGCGCGUUUAAGCGUACCAAAGACAUUUAUAUAGCCACUUGAUUCACACUACGCCUUUGUAAAUAUUGUAUAUAAAUAAAACACAUCAAUUUCGUGUUAUACCCUU